UCACUUAAAAUUAUAGAAAUUACAACCCACUUAUGAUACUUUACCUAUAAUUGAGGGACCAAAAAUGUAACUAUCUAAUUCAAAAUAAUUGGAUUCCAGUUGAGUAGAACAACAAAUUUUGAAAUGACGUUAGCUACUUGAAACCACAACAACAAAACGGUGUCGUUUCAAACAUCCGUCAGAACAUUCUAGAAACCGGAAAAUGGAGAAGAAAACUCCGGCGAGAAAACCGCACACUUCCACCGCAGAUCUACUGACGUGGCCGGAAAAUCCAAACGCCGAUUCACCCGGUGCUCGAUCAUCCGCCCAAUCGCACCAGCCGUCGGAUGGGAUAAGUAAGGCGGUGUUUGGAGGUCAGGUUACUGAUGAAGAAGCUGAAAGUUUGAAUAAAAGGGUAUCCGGGGCGCUCUCUCCUGAAGACGCCGGCAACGAAGAAGAUAACGCUCGGGAUAAAAAGGGAAAAAUGGCGAGCGAAAAAUGGACAAACGUCCAAGAAGAGGCGUUGGCGAAGGCGUGGGUACAUUGCUCUACCAACAAAAAGAAGGGCAAUCAACAAAACCGCGAGAGUUUUUGGCGUAAGAUUUUAGAUCAUUUUAACGCCACCGUUGGUGGAAGUAACCGGACCGUGCAUCAAGUACGGUCUAAAUGGACCCCGAUGAUGACGAAAAUAAACUUUUUCAACGGCCUAUACCAACAAGCGGAUCGCACACGAGAAAACGGGUGUAAGGAUCUCGAUGUGAUGAAAGUCGCUUUAAAGGAAUUCAAAGAGAGAUAUCCGAACGGUUUUCAACAUGUCGAGGCGUGGGAGGUCGUUCGAAAACACGACAAAUGGGCCCAAGUCCCAUUGUUGGGUGAGGAAGGGGAAGGUUCGGCACAAAAAAGAAAGCCCGUUGACGUGCACCCUUCCAUACCCGGUAUGAACGAAGACCCCUCGCCACAAAGAACACAACGGCGAGACAAGCGUCAAGCGACAUCGUCCGAGGGAAGCUCGGCCGAGUUGGCGGCACAAUUUAAAGAGUACACCGCCAUGAAAGAAGCGAAGUACGCGAUGGAAUUGGAGGCGAUUGAAUUGAGGAAGAAAAGAGAGUCGGAGGCUCGCGAGCUCAUAUCGGAACAACGCGAGACGAUGAAAAACUACAAUUACGAUCGAGAUAUGAAAACAUUCCUCAAGCCGCACGACCAUGCUCCGCCAAAUAUGUUGCCGUUCAUCCUCGCCCGAAAGCGCGACAUCGCUAACAAGUACGGGUGGCCGUGCGAUUUCUAAAAUUUUUAUUUUCUAGUUUUAAUGUAAUUUUUAUUUUCUAGUUUUAAUGUAAUUUUUAUUUUCUAGUUUGAAUGUAAUUUUAAUUUUCUAGUUUGAAUUUAAUUUUUAUUUUUAUUUUCUACUUUGAAAUGUCUUUUGUUAAAUUUUAUUUAAUUUUUAUUAAUAUUUUUUUUAUAAACAUGCAUAAUUACAACAAAUAAAAAAACAAAAAAAAAAAAAAAAA